AUGGCUAACCAAACAACCCAACAUCACAAAAUGAGGCUUCGCAGCUCAGGCUGCCUCGGGUGGUCGUAUCUACCACAAGAGGUUCGUCGCAACAUUCUAAACACGAUAGUCGAUCAGAGAAACCCUCGCUGGUCUGCUUUGGCCUCGGUUUCUAAAGAGUGGCAAAGCGUUAUCGGAACGAGAAACAUGGCCAAGUUGAAACUCCGACCAUCGUGUCUAGAGGAUUUUGAGCGAGCCGUGGUCCGACAGAGAGACCUUGUAAGGCAUAUCUAUCUCAAUAUUGAGCUGGCAGAAUACAAAUGCACUGUUUGUAAGAGGGAGGAGCCAGUCAGCAUACAUUCGAAGAACAUGACUCUUCUGGCUUCUGCGGUUAAAAGGAUUCUGAUAAUUCUCAGUACUUGGGAAACGACAGGCCCCUUGACGUUGGAACUCAACGCGGCGUCUGCUAGUGAUUCGAAGCACUGCUUUAAGAACUUUCGUUUCAACGACGAGCACGAUGCUCCUGAUGCCCGAGACCCAGUCAUCCCCUCGGAAACAACGCAUAGUGACUGGCACGACCCCAAGCAUGGCUGGGAAAAUGGUGUUCAGGUGCAUCCUCCGUCUUUCGACGCAAUGCAGCGGUUGUUUGGACUUGUCGACCUGGCUUACUCUUCGCUCGCUGUUCCCAAGGUCAACGCAAUUACCUGUUUGAUGAUCCGUCGACAAUUCCGCCAUUGCUUCAUACCUCGUCAACUUGACUCAAUCCUGUCCAAAUUGGAUCGCCUGACGGAUAUAGUUUAUGAACCAUGGCUCCUAGACUAUACAGAUACCAGACUCCAAGGCCGUUAUGAGCAUCGAGGAUCAAAGCAUCCGGGAGUGAUCGGCAUGCCUCUGCCCAGAACACUCGAAAGAUUGACCCUAUUCCGGGAUUUCAAACAAUGUCUUACACAAAGUGUUCACAAAGAUCCAGUUUUCAUUUUUGCCCGCGACUACCCAGGAUACAUGUCGAUGGACAAUACCCUUGGCAACAGUGAGAACCUCGCCCGAACGAGUCUGAGGCUCAGGGAACUAGCUGUUUCAUUCAUUAUCGAUGCAAUAAACUUUUUCAGAGCUUGCAAGAGAGUGUGGGUGUGGAACGACCUGCAAUCCCUAUCCCUAACAUCAAAUCUUAUCCUGCAAGAUGGAAAAGAAAAGAAGCAGCGCAUCGAUGAACUUCUUAUAGCCGCAGCCAAGCUCGUACUGCGAAUGCCGAACCUGACUACCAUGGUACUCUGGAAUGGAGGGACGGGGAGAGCUUGUGCAUUCAUAUACACCAGGGCAAAGCACUACGCGCAUAUUACCUGGCGAGGAACUUGGGACUUGGAGAUCAGCCAACAAGUCUUGCAGGUAUGGGAGGAUGUUGCUAAGCUCCAUUCGUUGGAGCUCAGAGCCAAGCAUGAGCGGCUUCGGGAGACCAUUAGAUCUCAUGGAGACGCCAUUUUCCAUCUCAACUUGCCUUGCCAGGUUAUUGAGCCUACGUCGCUCUGGCAAAUCCGGAUGGAGGACGCGCAGGGACUUUAA